UGUGAAAUCUGACCCGGAAAGAGUAUCAAAAUACAGAGAAAUCCCUACCAAUCCAUCUAAAUCGGGAAACAUCUGCAACUAUUUAUCGUAUGCAAGUUUGCUUGCAGCUUGAACAUCGCACAAUUUCGUUUCUUCUUUCCAGAUUUUUAGCAGAAUGGGAAUCCGAGUGUUUAUUACAAACAUUUCUAGCAGUACUGAUAUCAAGAAAAAACAGAGAGAAUUGCUGCAGACCUUAGAAAGUUUGAAGAUAGAGUUUGAAGCAAUAGACAUAUCCGAUCCCACGAAGGAGGAGGAGAAAAAGUUUAUGAGGGCUAAUAGUAUGCCCCCUUCAGAAGGCAAGGUGCCCCUCCCACCCCAGGUGUUUAACAAUGACGAUUACUGCGGGGAUUUUGAUAAAUUUUCGGAGGCCUUAGAAGAUAAUCAGUUAUAUGAAUUCCUUAAACUUGCACCACCAAAGGAAGUCUCUCAGGCAUCUGUUACAGUGACAGGGGAAGAAGAAGAAAAGAAAGAUGAGGAUGAAAGAGAGAAGGAGGAUGAGGAAAAAGCUGUUUUGAUUGAGGAUGUUGCUGCUGAAGAUGCAAAGAAAAAUGAGGAGGAAAAAGCAGAAACAGGAGAGAAAGCUGAUCAGGAGACAAGUGAAAAAGAGGCUGUACCAUCAGAGGAUAAGGUGGAAGGUGAAAGGUCAGAGGGUGACUCAAAAGAGGAGGGGUCACCACCAGAGGGUGCUGAUGAGAAGGCAGGAGGAGAUGUAAAGGAAGAGAAUGAGGAAGCAAGGAAAGAAGAGGAGGAGAAACCAUUGGACAAAGAUGCAGAGGAAACAAAGGAUAUAAAAGAGACUGAAACUACUGAUGCUGAUGAAACGGACCAAUCUGCUACAGAGGUGCCACCUCCUGGAGAAAAAUCAGAGGUCAAGACAGAAGAAAGUGACCAGGCUGCAGAAGAAACUGUUGUUGUGGCAACUGAUGAUGGCAAAGAAACGGACGCAGAGGCUGUUCUUGUCUUGGAUGAUGUUGAAACUGAGGAGGUAGACAAAGAAGAAACAGCUGAAACAAAGCAAGAUGCAGCACCUUCUGAAGAAACAUCUGUAGAGGAGAAAUCUGAAGAAACUGGAGCACUUAUAAUAACAGAAGAUAAUGAUGUCAAAGAAACUAAAGAGGAUGAACCAGUAAAGGAAGAGGAACCAGCUAAAGAGGAACCAGAACCAGUCAAGGUAGAGGAACCAGUCAAGGAAGAGGAACCAGUCAAAGAGCCAGAACCUGUCAAGGAGGAGGAACCAGCCAAAGAGGAGCAAGAGCCAGUCAAGGAAGAGGAACCACCCAAAGAAGAAGUGAAAGAGGAGGCAAAAACUGAGGAGAAGGAAGAAGAAGUAGAUUUUUGGGCACAGAUUGGUAAAGAUGAUGAUGAUAUUGGUAAGAAGAAGAAACCAGCAGUUGUGGAGGAGCCAAAGGAACCAAGCCCGGUGCCAGAAACAAAGGCAGCUCAGGAGGAAGAUGAAGAUGAUGACUCAAUGGAGGCCAGAAGAAGGAGGAGGAGGAAAGAAAGAGAGGCAAAGGAAGCUGCCGAGACAGCCUCAGAACCGGCCGAGGACAGUCUGGAGGAACGCCGCCGCAGACGCCGCGAGGAGAGGAAGGCCAAGGAAGACGCAGAUUCCACAGAGGUAGAGAGUGCUGCGGAGAGGAGGAGAAGACGUAGGCGUGAGAUGGCUGAUGAUUAGGGCAAAUCCGAAGAUGAAUAAAGAAACCUUAGUCUUUCCCAGGUGCUAUUUAACAAUAGGAAUGCUGCCUAUCCUUUUCUUCAUGAUGUCCAAACACCUCUAAUUGCAAUGAUUUACCAGUGGCAAUUUUCAGUGAGAUUAUUUCUUCAGGACUGGGACGACCACAGAGAUUUUUAAUUAUUUAUAACAUAAAGUCUAUUAAUAGCUUCUUUCUUAUUUCCCUCAAUUUUCGAUGUGCAAUGUUGCAAUGUUACUUUUCGGGAGGGAACCCUAUUAUGUAUUAUUCAGAGAUAAAAUGAACAAGUAUACUUUUAUAGCUUUAGGUAUUUAAGCAUUGUGAUGCUGUUAUUGUGUAUUGCUAGAAUCUUUGGUUAAGGUUUGUGAAUCAUUGUCCUUGAAGCAUUUUCGUACAACAUUUGUGUGACCUCCAGCCAUCUUUAAACAGCAUUUUUCAUAUUUGAAAGUAACGACAUCAGACUGAAAAUGUAUUGCUCGAAAUUUUUGAUUUGUGUACAUUUUAUCAUGAAAGAAAUGUGAAGUCAGUAGGAAUUGUACUUAAUUUUUUUUUUUUAUUUAGAAUAUUAUAUUACUGAUGCUCAAUUUAUCUGUCCUGAUUUUCAGAAGUAUAAAAUUACAGAAUCUCUUGUCAGUGUUGGAAAAAGAAAUGUAGUCUUCUAGUGCUUAGUGUAGGAUUUUUUUUUGAUUAUAAAGUUUUAUUAUUUUUUAUGUAUGUUACUACUUCUUUAUAUAUUAUAUAGUUCCUUGAUUGGCUUAUUUAGUAUGAAAUAGCAGUCCCACCUUAUUCAUCAUGUCUCCUGCUUUAUAAAGUCUCAAGAAUUUCUUUUGAUUUAAUUUGCUUUAUCUAAAAGAAAAGUAUUAUCUUAUGAUAGUUUUCAAGAUUGGAAAUAUGCAUCUUUACUCAUUUUUGCUGUACAUUAUAUAUUAAAAGAAUUCAUUGUAAGGAAAGCAUCUAAAAAUUAAUUCUAGAUCACAAAUUUGGAUCUUCCAUGAUCCAUCAUUAUUCUACGCAUGUUUUUGCUGAAAAGUUCAAUAUUAUCUUGUUAAAUGUGUUGUCUCUACUAACUCGUUCAAUGAUCAAUUGUGUUCAUAUUCCAAUAAAGCUGUGUCUGAAUGUGGUGGCAAUUACAAUGGAAUUCUAAUGUUUACAUCUUAUGAAGAAAUUUGGUUUGUAUGUAGAAAUGUUCACCAGUGCCAUGCAAGACACAAGCUUUUAGUCAGCUUUAACAGGGAAUUGGAUAGUGUUUUGUUUUUUUGUUACAUGACAUGUUUUAGUUUGUUUGUUCCUUCCUUGUCUUUCACACAUCCACUGUCAAUGUAUUAAACUUGCAGACUCCAGACACAAUAUUGUGUUUACCAGUGCUGAUUUUUCUGUAGAACUUUGAAACCUUUAUUAUGUACGGUAUAUGCUUUAUUAAUUAACAUGUAAUCUUAUCUUGCCAUGAUUUAACUUUAAUUUGCUUUUGAUGUAUUUGGUAACUUAGUAGUAAAUAAUGAGUUUUGCUUGUCAAUCUGACAGAAAUCAUUUCCACCUUCGAUGGAAUUAAUUGUAGUACAUGUAUUUGUUGACUUUUGUGAAUGGUUUGUUCAGAAGAUUUGUCAGUAUGUAAAAUUUUCGCAUUGAAGUAUUUUGGCAGAACUUUUUCUGUAUUUCCUGUUUGUAACAUUAAAAUUAGUACUAAGUACCAA